CGAAAAAGCUGAGAGCUGCUGUCAAAACAUUUGCCUGUGUCCAAAGACAAAUCUCAGAUCUUGCCUAUAUCGUAGGGUCGCUAGCGCAAAGUUUUGUUUUCCUACCCAGCAAAGAAAUGGCCAGCCGCGAGGCCGUCCGCCGUGCCGUGCAGAAUGUCCGCCCGAUCUUGUCCGUGGAUCGCGAGGAGGCCCGCAAGCGAGUGCUCAAUUUGUACAAAGCCUGGUAUCGUCAGAUUCCAUACAUUGUGAUGGAUUACGAUAUUCCCAAAUCGGUGGAACAGUGCCGUGAGAAGCUGCGAGAAGAGUUUCUUAAAAACAAGGAUGUUAACGACAUCCGUGUGGUGGAUAUGCUUGUAAUUAAGGGUCAAAUGGAACUCAAGGAAUCGGUCUCAAUCUGGAAGCAGAAAGGUCAUAUCAUGCGUUACUGGAAGGAGAGCUGCGAACCAAAACCAACGGAUUUCCUGUCGAAGUUCCUGUCCGGUCAUAACUGAGCAUUGUAUAGAAGCUAUUGGAACAAGCUUAGGCGGAAUGUCGAACUGUGGUAAUUUAUGUAGAUACAGUAAAUAAAAUGCGUCACAAUUCACGUCGUUUUGUGCAUACCUUACUAUACUAAA